AUGCAAGCUAAUUACCCCAAGAAGCUACCACUUACCUAUUGGGACCCAGUUCACAUAAAUUAUCCAGUGAGAAAAUUCCCAGCUUUUGAGAGUUCUAGUGAAACUAUCGGUCGGCAAUGGAGACCACCACCUGAAGUAUUGACGGGACUUAAAAAGCAUUCAAGUGAAGAAAAUGAAUACAGUAGAGACUACGAAGUAACUAAUGAAUUAACAAAAUCACAAACUGCCCUCGACUUUACAUAUAAAAUUCCUGAAAUAACCCGAUUUAACAAACACACCUCUGGUAAUCAAAACUACCCGCCGAGUAAAAAGCUUACAGAUAGAACACCAGCACAUACAGCACACGGGACCAGUGAGAUGAAAGAUUCAUUUACAGAGCCUGUUUCACAUUCUAGGCUUGUUACAAAUAAAGACCAGUUUAAACAUCCUGCUUCGCUGCGGCUAGAAUUACCAGAAGUAGAACCAUUUGAAAACGAAAUAGAAACAAUAUAUACCACACACGACGGGUUUGAAAAAUACUUGGAUCCAUAUUUGACUACGAAUAAGUUAUGUCACCGACCAUUUACUUCUGAACAACUAAGCCGACCUUCAAACACAAAGGACAUUUUUACAUAUUACACAUAUUCUGAUACUCCAUGGGUACGUUCUCCAAAACCAAGGAUAGAUGAAUGGCGUCUACCACUUAGCAAAUUCAAAUCAGUAUAUGAUAAAGAGAAAUUUAAGAGUGAAUUUCGGGAGAUAAGAACACAUAACCAAACACACUGGGUGCCAAGAGCUUUAUUAACAGAAACUAGAGAUAAAUAUGUACAACAAACAUCACGGCCAGAAUCUCAAAUACGUAACUAUGAAGAGGAAGUCAGGUCUUACUACCAAAGAUCGUUAGGAAGUUUACAAACCAACAUUCAACAACAAGAUUCUUCUCUAAAGCAUUUUUAUAAAACAGAAAGUUCUUCUCUUGGCUCAGGGAGACUUAUAAGUUCAGUAAUAGAUCAAUAUGUCGAAAGAAAUAAAAGGCUUAAUAGCAAAAGCGCAAAGAGUGUU